AUAUAAGUUACAUGGGCCGUGCUCUAGGCUGAACCGGGAGGGCAAAAGCCCAUCCAAGCCCAGCUAGCCACCCGCUUUCCUUUCUCGAAUUUCGAAUUGGACUGCUGCGAGCGAGAUCAGACGAGACGGCAAUCCCCAAUCCCACUCCUCCGCCACCGCCAUGGACGACCAGGACCUCGACGACGCGGCGCUCUGGGCCUCCGUCGACACGGCCGUCGCCGAGGCCUCGCGCCGGGCGCUGCCCAGGCCGCCGCCCUCCCCCGCCGUCUCCCUGUGGCCCGCCCCCGACGACGACCCCCACCGCGGCGAGGUGCUGCAGCCCGCCCGCCCCUUCAAGCUCCCGCGCGUCACCGCCUCCCACGGCCGCGGCCGCGGCCGCGCCACGCCGCCCCCGCCCCCGCCGUCGCCCUCGUCUCCCCCGCCCUACAUGGCGCCCGACGCCUCCAGGCCGCUGAUGCUCGUCCAGAGCCCGCACCCCGAGCUGCCCUGGGUGACGGAGCCCGGCGCGGCGGGGAGCCCCGUCGCCGCCGCGCCGCACGGCCUCUUCCCCUCCGCCGCCGCGUCCGUCGCCAGCUUCAGGAAGUACCAGGAGGUAGCCGUCUCGAUUCUAGAUAAAAGUGACUACACCGUGAUCAGUGGGAAUCCAUACAUAAAAAAGUCAGGGUGGAGAAAAAUAUCAUGCUUCUACAAUAUCUCAUUUGAAAUCAAGGACCACUCUAUUGAAUUUGAUGACAGCCACAACGUCAACCGUGCUGAAUUUCUUGUCAGAGCGUCUAUGCAAAGUGGCAGGUUCUCAGAUGGCUGGGGUUCAUGUGAUCGGCGAGAAAAGAGAUUCAACAAGCCAAACCAUGAUAUCCCCAGCACAGCUGAAACCAGAGCUAAGAACAAAGCUUGUCAGGAUCUUCUUGGCAUCGGCCAUAACCGUCCAGGAUGAGCGAGGCGUUGGUCCAAGAUCUGACUGAGACACUAAGCAACUCUUCUGUCCUGGUGAACUGAAGACCGUAUAUACACUGUAAGCUCAAGACUGUAAACAGCGAGGUACAAGUGCCUUAACGCAGGACCAGGGAUGAUAGAACCAUCAGAUGUGAGCUCACUCGUUUUCAGAUGCUUCGAGAAAGCGCGUCGUGUGCCGGUCGUUGCGUUGCUGACUGUAUAUUCCCCAUUAGCAGCAAAGUUUCAGUGGCAGGCAUGAGAAUGUCAACUGCUACCUCAGCCACUGUGGAUCUCUGUAGACUCUAGAUUCUAGUUUUUGGAUCUCAGUUUAGCACGCGUGGGAGAUCACAACCAGAUGGUAGUUGCACAUGGGAAGGGUCUGGCUUCACGUUUUGGUUGUCAUGCUGUUCUUCGGCACGGAUGCACGAUGCCCGGUGAAUCAGAUGGUAGGGCUGUGCCGGCUGUCGAUUGUUUCAGUUGUUUGGACGCGUCCCUUCAGAGAUGCAGUGGGUAUAUGAUGCACAUUUCUUCUGUCAUUUUAUUUGUGUGAGAGGACAUCUUGUAGAUUUCAGUAUCAUCCUCUGAAACGUCGGAAUAGAUUUCAGUCAAAUCAA